GUUCUUCCAGAAUACAAAGAUGCUUUUAGUCUCUUCGAUAAGACUGGAGAUGGUAAAAUCUUCUAUUUCCAGUGCGGUGAUGUCUUGCGAGCUUUGGGACAAAACCCAACAAAUGCAGAAGUCAUGAAAGUUUUGGGAAACCCAAAGAUGGAUGAGAUGAACACCAAGAUGCUAGACUUUGAGCAGUUCCUCCCCAUGUUGCAAACAAUUGCCAAAAACAAGGACCAGUGCACAAUUGAAGACUUCAUUGAGGGUUUGAAAGUGUUUGACAAAGAAGGAAAUGGAUGUGUAAUGGGGGCAGAACUUCGCCAUGUUCUAAUUACUCUAGGAGAAAAGAUGCAAGAGGACGAGGUCGAAAUGCUUUUGCUUGGGCAUGAAAAUGCUAAUGGUGAAAUUAAUUAUGAAGAACUGGUCCGGAUGGUAAUGAAUGGCUGA